AUGUCUCUUUCAAAUGAGUUAGACCGGAUAGAUAGGGCCGCACAAUCAGUGGAAUCAUAUGUGUUUGAAACGCCAGGCAUGUUUACUAAUUCCAUAGUCAAUCCACCACCAAUACAAACUUUAUUACGUGAUCCUACAGCUGAUGAGCGACGAUUAUACAAGAUUACCAAUGCAACUGGAAAUCAAUCCACUCUAGACGACCCGAGGGUAGAAAGAGUUGAUGGAAAGUCAAUGUACCAUGAAUACGAUUUCGAUGAUCCCUCUUUUAUUAUGAUGAAUGAGUCGGAAAAUGUUGAUUAUGAACAGCCAAUAGUUAGACUACCUACAUUAUACCGACCUGAUCCGUUUCCUGCUAAAAUCGACCUUAAGUUUCAGGAAAGUGAUGACUUGCACCAAGCAAUUGAAGAUUUCACCGUUGUUGUGGAUAAAUAUCCAAGUUUGAUUGAAGAUUACGAUACAAUCAGAGGCAAACUAGAGCAAUUGAGACAAGAGUUUGUCAAUGUAAAUGAUGAGAUUGCAAAUAUGGAGACGGAAUUGACCCAAACCAAGCAAACCUUAUGGAAAGAGUUUAAAGUUCCCACUGAUCAUGUUGCAAGCAGUGGCGAGUUGAUUGACGUCGAUGCUGAAAUAGAGAAAGAAGAAAAUAGAAUUCGACAAUUGCAAGCUAUCUUGGAUAAGAGGGUUUGA